AUCUUCAGGAAUCUUUCAAAAUAGCACAACUUUGUUAUUUUCCUUCUGUUUUUUUUUUUUUGCGUCAAACUCAGAGGCAGCUUCAGUCUAACGUAGAUGUAGAAGCUGCACCUGAACAAAAAGAGGAGCGCAGUCCUAAUCAGCACCUGCAACCUCCAUAGCCAUGUUUGCCAGCCGUGGUGCCAGCGGUGGAGGUAAAGGGGGCAAAUACUCAGUGGAGGACCUCUAUGGCAUCAGCAAGAAGCCCAAGGCAUCCACUUCCUCUGGGAGCAUUGUGGCCAAGUCUGGAACCAAGAGCAGCAAGACCUCGGAGCAGAGGAGCGAAUCGGAGGCCUUUGCCUCUCAGAUCCUGGAGGCGGCGCACAAACUGGUGGAGCGGAGGCGACUGGAGCUUUACCUGAGGGAGUAUGGCCUCUCGCUGGCUGAUUGUGUGUCGGAACGCUCUGCUAUGACAUACAGGAACCUUGGGAAGUCCGGCCUACGUGUGUCCUGCCUUGGUUUAGGCACCUGGGUGACAUUUGGAUCACAGAUCUCUGAUGAGAUGGCCGAGAACCUCAUGACCAUAGCUUAUGAAAAUGGAGUGAACCUGUUCGACACAGCGGAGGUGUACGCUUCUGGAAGAGCCGAAAUCACUCUAGGGAAUGUCAUCAAGAAAAAGGGGUGGAGGCGCUCCAGUUUCGUCAUCACAACAAAAAUCUACUGGGGAGGCCAAGCAGAGACCGAGAGAGGACUCUCCAGAAAGCACAUUAUUGAAGGUUUACGAGGAUCCUUAUCAAGACUCCAGCUAGAUUAUGUGGAUAUAGUUUUCGCCAACAGGAAUGACGUCAACAGUCCAAUGGAAGAGAUCGUUCGGGCCAUGACGUUUGUAAUAAACCAGGGUAUGGCUAUGUACUGGGGAACGUCUCGCUGGAGCGCCAUGGAGAUCAUGGAAGCUUACUCAGUGGCUCGUCAGUUCAACCUGAUACCACCCGUGUGUGAGCAGGCAGAGUAUCACUAUUUCCAGAGGGAUAAAGUAGAGGUGCAGCUUCCUGAACUCUACCACAAGAUCGGGGUGGGGGCUAUGACCUGGUCUCCUCUUGCUUGUGGAUUAAUCACAGGGAAAUACAGCGAUGGCGUGCCUGAGUGCUCCAGAGCAGCCAUGAAGGGAUACCAGUGGCUGAAGGAAAGGGUGAACAGUGAGGAGGGUCGUAGGCAGCUCGCUAAAAUCAAGGAGCUCCAUCUACUGGCCGACAGACUGGGCUGCACUGCUGCACAGCUGGCCAUAGCCUGGUGUCUUCGGAGUGAAGGAGUCAGCUCAGUCCUUCUGGGCGUCUCUACCGCAGACCAGCUAAUCGAGAACCUGGGUGCCCUCCAGAUUUUAUCCCAAAUGAACCCUCAGACCAUCACCGAGAUCGACGCCCUGCUGGGAAACAAGCCACACGCCAAGAAAGAGUCACGCGCCUGAAAGCAACCGAAGAAGUUUCAAGGAGGAGGAGGAAAAAACUUUGGGGGAAACAAACGUCGCUUUUUGCUCUGCUGUAUACUCAACUUGCAUGUUCUCGGCAACAUUACGCUUCCAGUAUGUGCGCAUACCCAUUCUGCGCCGCAAAUAUUACCAUGUAUUUACAGAAAAAAAAAAGAGUUGUGGAUGAGGAGGAGAUCACUUAAUGCUCACUGUCCGUUGUUCAGGAGGCAGGCGAGAGCUGAUGUUUGCUAAAGAAGGUCAGACUCUGGUGGGGAAUAGAACCCCCACCUCUUUGCUAAAAUGGGACUUUACUGGUGCUUUCACUGGACGUGCGAGCCUCCUCCCGUUGCAGCUGCCUGUUACUCUUUACCAUGCUUAGCACUCUGCAGCCAAAGGGUCAAAGGUCAACACUCAAGUGUCUAGCCCAACUUAUCCCAUAAUUUGCAUGUGACUGGUCGGCUACGCUCACGGCUUUACAGGGUUGGGAACACUGGAGUGUUUUUAGAGUUUUUAAAUUACUCCGACUGUUAAAAAAGGAAAAAGAUCUGUCUGUCUGGUAAAAAAGCAACAAAUAUUCUUCUUUUUAAAAAAUAACAGCUGCUGGUUUAAAAUAUAACAAGAGCUUUUGUUUUCCGAGAGAAUGUUUCAUCAAAACCAGACUUUAUGAUGAGGUUUUUAAGGUGGAUCUCCCAACCCGGCGACUCUCCCAGCAGUCUUUUUGCCUCCUGUUUGUAAACUGUGCGCAUGUCCCUUUAAGAGAGAAAAGCCCUAAAAGGGUGUAAAUGUGGCAUGGCUUAUGUAGAUUUGCAGUGCCCUUGUAAGCCAUUGUUUCUUUUUUUUAAUAUUAUUAUUUUCUUCUAAGUGGUCCAGCAGCUGGACCGGUUACUCUAAAGACUCUCAGCCGUCUGAAACUAGACGGGCGAUGCCUGAAGGGGAUUUGGAUGCACUGUGGGGAUCAAUUAUUCACUUGGACAGAGAUUUAGAGAAUGUCUUUAUUAUUUUUGUUAAACUUAAAAAUAUAAAGCUUCUCUGCUCAUUUA